CGCCGCCUCUUCAUCCGGCGAGGCAACGACAGCGGCGGCGGCGCGUAACAUAUGCCAACCUGAGCGAUUCCAGGAAGACAAUCGACUCGGUGAGCUUAACCACUGCUGCUGCUCCUGCUCGCUCAUGGGCGAUUUCGAUCGCAGCAACCCGAAUCGGCGACGACCCCAUUCAGUAGCCUACUGCGCCGGGAGGUGGUUGCGAGCGAGUGAGUAACAAGCGACACGGUGCGCUUUAUCAGGCGACGAGGAAGAUAUGUGAAGAAAAAAAAAACUGGCAAUCGAUGGUAGUAAACGAGGUGCUAAUUGGAUUGUUUAUCGGCUCGGAACUCGCUCUCGAGCCUCUCGGUUGUGGUUCCCUCCGGUCCGGAUGUUUGAUCGAGCUCAAAAUACGCCAAAUCGACUGCUAGGGGGCGAUGCAAGAAACCACCCGAUCGAGUGAAUGUUUAAAAUAGAAGAAACAAGUUCAGUGAUGGAAUUGCGGUGUGCGUGUUUGAGUAAGCCAUUAGCGAAUCUAGCUGGUACUCAAUGAACCAGUUGGUGCUUGCUUCCGGAGCAAGUGUCCCUUGACCGAUCAGGUGCGAUAACUCAGUGAAACGAGAAGAACUUCCCGAAGUGGUGAGUGAAAAUCUGGAAAAGAGCGUGCGGCGCAGUGUCCCGAAACAAGCAUGACGGGGCCGAGGGCAGAGGACGAACUGGGAUUGAACGAGCUGAACGAGGAGGAACAGAUCUACCGGAAAAAGUCAUCCUGGUGGUGCUGGCGAAAGGGAAACCGCGUAUCGCAGGAACCCGACUCGCUCAGCAUCAAAGUCGGCGGCGAGAAUCACGACAAAAAGCCCAAGCGCCAUGAAACCAACCGCAUCAAGUCGACCAAGUACACCCUGCUUACGUUCCUGCCGCUCAACCUGGCCGAGCAGUUCCGGCGGAUAGCGAACUUCUACUUCCUGUGCAUGACGAUCAUUUCGAUCGUUAUCGACAGUCCGGUGUCGCCGCUAACUUCCCUCGUUCCCCUGGUGUUCGUCAUCUCCGUGACGGCCACCAAGCAGGCCUAUGAAACGUACCUGCGGUACCGAGCGGACAACAUGGUCAACUAUUCGCUGGUGACGGUGAUCCGCAACGGCGUAGAACAGGACAUCCGCUGUCAGGACAUCCGGCAAGGUGAUAUUGUGCGGACAUCUCGGGAUUGCGAUAUCCCGUGCGACUUGGUCCUGCUGAAGUCUUCGGACGAAAAUGGAAAAUGUUUCGUCACGACGGCCAAUCUGGAUGGGGAAACGAAUCUGAAGACGAUGAUGGUUCCGAAGGGAAUGCCGGAGCUGUCGGAGGAUAAGCUGCACACACUGGGGAGGAUCGAGUGUGAACUUCCCCGGACGGAUUUGUACACUUUUAACGGCAGGUUGGAGCUGGCGGAGGUUCAUCAGAGGCAUGAGAUGACAAGUGUGGACGGAUUUGGGGCAGAUAACCAUAUGCUGCCCUUGAUGGCGGAGAAUCUACUCUUGCGGGGAUCCAGGGUGAAGAAUACGGAGUGGGCGAUUGGGUGUGCAGUGUAUACGGGGCAGAAUACAAAGCUGGCGUUGAACAGCAAGAUGGUCAGCAAUAAGAUGAGUUCCAGCGAAGGGUUUAUCAACAAGUACCUGGUGUUCUUCCUGGUGCUGUUGAUCGCGAUCGUGGUGGUUUCGUUCUUCAUGAAGCGGUACAACGAUCGCUACAAUAAGGGUCACAACUUCUACCUGGGCGAGUACAUGGCAACGUAUCGGGUGUCGCAAUUUCUGCAGGACUUCUUCUCGUUCCUGAUUCUUUUCAACUAUCUGAUUCCGAUCUCGCUGUACGUCACCAUUGAGAUGGCCAAGUUCCUCGGUGGGUUUUAUCUGGAGUGGGAUCUGGAGCUAUACGAUGAGGAAACGGAUCAACCUUGUAUUGUGAACACUUCGGAUAUCAACGAAGAGUUGGGUCAGGUGUCGCUGCUGUUUUCGGAUAAAACCGGUACGUUGACGAAGAACAUCAUGAUCUUCCAGCAAUGUUCGAUCAAUGGUAAGAUGUACUGCCAGAAUGGACGGCGGCUCCAGGAAGCUGGCCGACGGUAUGCGCUGAAGAUCAACGAGUGUUCGCGGCACGUGUACAACUUUUUCGAAGCGUUGGCUGUGUGUCACACCGUUCAGGUAGCGGGCGACUACACGAACGAAGCGGAUGAUCCCGAAGCCGAUGAUCGAGAAGAGGACUCCGAAGACGAGGAUCAUUCUCCGGAGCCGAACAACAAUCGACCCACGCGAAACUUUUCCAAUAUUUCGGAAGAGGUUGAAACCAUUGCGUCCAACGAUUCCGUCCUGGACGAACCGGAUUUUAUACAGCUGAAGGAGCUGGCGCCUCGGAGCCGUGCGCCGGUGGUAGUUUCCAUGAAGAAUGAGAAUCGACACAGUGCGGAGCAGCAGCAGCAGUGGGCAGACGAACAAACUAGUCAGUUAAGGGAACGUAGCGGUAGCGGUAGUUUAAGGCCUUCCAGUGAUACGGUCGUACGACGAUCGAGUAACAUGUUCGUGGACAACCGGGUUCAUCCGGCGAGUCUGCACAUUCCGCCUUUUAGGCGGACGCCGUCGAGUUUGUCUAGUCGAUCUUCCCGGCCUCAGAGUUUGAUCGAGUCGCCGACCUCCGAGGAGCAGUUGGCACGAUCGGGCGAGGGAAGUUUGUUUCAGAAUAGCAGUAACGGGCACUUGGAUGGGCUGCUUCAGUCGAUGGAGCUGAAGCGGGCCAUAUCUGCGUACGAGGAGAAACCGGUGACGGAGCCGGUGGUGAAGACUCAUCGACGAACGCAGUCCCACAUUCCACCGAGCGUAGUCAGCAAGGCCAAUGGGGAUGUAGCGGAUCGAGGAUCUGUGAUGUUGCGGCGGAAUCGAAGUUCUAUUCGGUCCACUGCUAGGGAGUCCUACGCAGCAGAGAUGUAUACGGAGGCGUCGCUGGUCCAGCGGCAGGAGUCCGUGAUGAAGCAUGAGGAAGUGUUGACGUUUAUUCGAAAGAUGGACUACCAGGCGUCCAGUCCGGAUGAAAAGGCUUUGGUGGAGGCCUGCGCUAAGAUGGGUCUGGUGUUCGUAGGGGAUGACGCAGAUGUACUGCACAUCAAGCUGCGGGAGUCUUGCGUCAAGCGGAACGUGAAGUCCGUGUAUGGGGAGGUUCCGCGAGAGGAGGUGGUGAAAUACCAAAGAUUGGCUGUGCUAGAGUUCACCUCGGAUCGCAAGCGGAUGAGUGUGAUAAUUAAGGACGCCCAAGGGCAGAUUUGGGUGUACACCAAGGGAGCGGAGAGUCAUGUGCUGCCUCUGUGUACGAAGACGGCGUCGGGAUUGGUGAUAUCGACGCAGCGGCACAUCAACGAGUUUGCCAAGCAGGGAUUAAGAACGCUGGCCGUGGCCAGACGAAAACUGACACAAGUGGAGUAUUCCAACUUCCGGAACGAGUUGAUACAGGCGAAUAAUUCGCUGACAGAUAGGGUUUCGAAGGUAGAGGAAUGCCAGCGCAAAAUUGAGACUGGCCUGGAGCUGCUGGGUGCCACGGCCGUGGAAGACGCCCUCCAGGACGAUAUCCGCGAUACGUUGGAGUCGCUGCGCAAGGCCGGCAUCAAGGUGUGGGUACUCACCGGUGACAAGGUGGAAACGGCCCUGAACAUAGCGCUCAGUUGCGGUCACAUUCCGGAGGAUGCCUACCGAUACUUUAUCACCGAUUGUACGACCGUGGACGAGGUGCAGCAGCACUUUGAUGUGUUCGCGUUCGAGAUGUUCCGGGCACCGGAUCGGGAGUACACGUUGCUGAUCGACGGAGCCAGCUUGGCGAUCGCGUUGAAGGAUCUGCGGGAGGUGUUCAGGGAUGUAUCGAUCAAGUGUCGGGCGGUGCUGUGCUGUAGACUGAGUCCGCUGCAGAAGUGCGAAGUGGUGCAGUUGAUGAAGACCGUGGCGAGCAAUCCAGUGACAGCGGCCAUUGGCGAUGGAGCUAAUGACGUAUCGAUGAUCCAGGAGGCCCACGUAGGGUUGGGGAUCGUGGGGAAGGAAGGUCGUCAGGCUGCGCGAUGUGCAGACUACGCGUUUGCCAAGUUCUGCAUGGUCAAGAAGCUAUUGCUGGUGCAUGGACAUUACUUCUCGACGCGGUUGGCGAUACUGGUACUGUACUUCUUCUACAAGAAUCUGAUCUUCAUGGGAAUUCAGUUCUUCUUCCAGGUUGACAGUUUGUUCUCUUCCCAAUCGGUAUACGAUUCGGUUUUCCUGACGCUCUACAACGUACUCUACACGUCCCUUCCUAUAUUCGUCCUAUCGUUAACCGAGAAGCCCUACCGGGAGCAGGCAUUGAUGAAGGAACCUUCUCUCUACCAAAAAGUGGCCGGCAACAAGCAAUACGCGUGGAAGUACUUCAUAGGCUGGAUGUUCCUAGCGCUGUACCACUCUCUGGUCAUCUACCUCUUUAGCUGGGCCAUCUGGGGUAACAAUCCGGUCAUCUACGCUUGGUGGCCCCAAACCGUCAACUUUGCCUGCUUCGGUACCAUGGCCAUUCACAACGUAGUCGUGGUGGCAAAUCUGAAGCUCCUGCUGGAGGCGAUGAACAAGAGCUUCAUCUUCAUCGCCUCCAUCUGGCUGUCGAUCUUCGGCUUCAUGGGAACGACCUUCAUCUACAACCUCUUCAACUUCUUUGGAUUCGUUUCCAGCAACUACGACGGCGACAUGCUCCAGGUCUACAACAACCUGCUCUCGUCGUUCACAUUCUGGGUGCUAUGCCUACUUAUCCUGGUAGCUGCCCUCGUGCCGGAUUUCACCAUUUUCGCCGCCAAGUCGAUCAACAUCACAGUAGGCCACAUCUUCCCGGGCGGGGCCAAAUUCCGGAAUGCGUUCUUCCUGCGACGAAAACGUACCGUGGAGAGCACGGACCUGUAAAUAGCUUGCGUGGCUUAAAUAUAAGCCACAAAAACAUUCCAAAAAGUAAUAGCAUGACAUGCUACCUGUGCCAAGUUAUAUUAGUCAUUUAGACCGUCACCUAUCGGUUAGUUAGGUUAAGGCUUUUACCUUUUUUUUUUUUGUUUUUGUUUUUACAAGCGCCGAACCGUGUGCGACUUGUCGUAAAUUAUUGCCACUAGCAACAUAAGUACGAAUCGUGAUAGACGCAGUUCCUUCUCGCCGAGCGCGCAAACCGAGACAGCGAGUUAUCAGUCAGUAUUUUUGAAAUACAUUUUUGUGAGGACUUUUACAUUCCGAAAAGAAGAGA